AUGGCUGAAUAAUAUUCCAUUGUAUAUCUAUACCACAUCUUCUAAAAGAAGGAUUUUUAAAUUUUGCUGACUUUAACUCAAAUUUUGUAAAUAUUAUGUUAUUAAUCAACUGUUUACCUGGUAUCUAAUAUGAAAGGGCAGUCAUUCCCUUCUUUUAUGGUUAUGUGUGUGUUUUGAGUAAAAAAAUUUUUUCUCUCUCUCCCAGUGUUAGAAUUACUGGGUUGGUGUUUUAGAAGCUCUAAAUCAGAGCUGCUACACUCAAGUCAUCAUCUUACUCUAUUCUAAAAAUGAAUAUUAAUAUGAAUUACUGGGUAUCUACCUGGGAAACUGUUUUCAUGUAUUUCAGAAUCUUGGCUUUAUAAACAAGCCUGAAGCCUAGUUCAUGUAUGUCUGCUGGGCUUCUGUUCUUGCUUGAUUUUCUUUAUAAUAUGUGGGAAAGGAGUAGAGUAUAAUUUAUAUAGUGAGUAGAGGAAGGAGACUGGGUGAAUGGUAAAUUAAUCUUUUGGCCAUUUUUUAUUUGCUUGACUAAUAGCUCAGAGCUUGGUUAAUUUACCCAAAGUAUUACAACUGUUUAUUUUUACUUACACAGCCGAUUUGUUUCCUGUGUGACAGGUACUUUCUAGGUACUGGGGAUAAUGGUGAUCCUUUCCCUUGCGGAGCUGUUUAAGGAGUAGAGGAGAGCAGACAAGCAGGCAAGAAAGAGGUACACAAUAAAACGCACAUGAGUUUCAUGUGUGAUAAGUGGUGUUAAAAAAUGACAGAAAGGGUACAGAAAAUGGUGAAAGUAGGGGUGAAGGGCACUAGCUACUUUACACUGAGAAGGUCCCUCUGAGAUGGGACAUUUGAACUGUGACCUGAAUGACCUUCAUUUGACCACCUGAGGGAAAAGUCUAGGAAGGAGAGAAAGCAACAAGUACCAAGUGUCUUAAGUUGGAGAGAUACUUGGCAUGGCUGAAGAGCAGAAAGAAGGGCUGGCUGGAGCUUAAUGAAUGAGAAGGAGAGCAGGUGUAGGGCCAGUUCCCAUGGGGCUUCAUAGAGUAUGAUGAGGAAUUGGGUUUUUUAUUCUAGUCACAGAGGUCAGUGUUGGAAGGUUCUAAGUGGGGAGUAGACAAUUGUUUUAAUUUAAGACUCCUAUCUGCUGGCUGCUUUGUGGGGAAAGGACUGUAAGCAGGGAAAGAUAACAGCAGGGAGGAAGAUGCAUUGGGAGGCAGCCCAGUCUGGAGGUGCUUGUGGGGCUCCGAUUCAAACAGUGACGUGGCUCCAGGUUCCAUGUUCCCCAUUGCCCUAACUGAGUCGCAUGAGGAUGCUGCAGAAACUGCUGCAUGAUGAGUGGAAGGGGAAUAAAAGAAACAGGAGAGAGGAAAUAAGUUCUUAAAGUCAAAAUGAAGUGAAAUUUCUUCUAAAUGCUUAUACUACUUUGUUCUGAGAGAGAUAAAGUAGUAUAUACUGUCCUUUUUGCUUCAGUCUAAGCAAAUUAGAGAAUAAAUAGAAAACAGCCACCAAGAUUAACAGAUAAAAUUGUGAAUGUGAUGCCUUAUGUUUGUUUCCUUUGUGUCACUGUAAAAGUUUAUUCGCUUACUAUUUGAAGUUUGUGGAAUAUUUAUAUCUUUUAAUCUUUAAAGUGUAUCAGUUUAAACACUUCUAGAGAUUGACCAACACAUGGUAUUUGUAUUUCAGUAAUUUCACUAUUCAAGCCUAAAGAAAAUUCUAACAAUUUCAGAUAAAUUGGUAUAAUCUUUGCUGAAAUUGCCAAAGGAACUUCAGGUGCAAAACAUUGAGAAUGUUUGCUUUUUGCAAAGAAAUCUAAUGCUUGAAUUUUGUGACUAUAAAUGUUAAAAGUUUUAAACACAGGUAAGUAUCUGUGGUAGUGUUUAAAGACAACCUGUAAGAAUUUUUUGGCUUUUCGUGUUGUUUCAGAUAGUCCUCCUGACUCUUUGUGCUGUUAAGUUUGCCCAUCCUUGGGUUUUGGGAAGUGAGAUGGAUGUCUAAGCUUUGGAGCAGGAGGAGACAUAAAGUGACUAUGUGCCUUCUCUGGUCUAUGAAGUUGCCCUCUUUAUUGAAUGGUAGGGAUUAGACCACCCUAAGCCUUGGGCCGUGGGGUCUACCUGUGAGGUUGGAAGAAGAAGCAGAGUAUUGGUUACUACUACCUAGAAGAGAUGUGAAUUUGGGAGUUGUGGAUGGAGCUGGGAACCCCUCUGUUCUCUAAGAGACAAGAGAACUGGUGUCCACCAGGAAGAAUGCUUUCAUGUACUUCAGAAUCUUGGUCUAUUGAGUAAGUGUAGGCCUGUUGCUAAAUUUUCUUCCCAGUGAAUAAAGGGAAAAAUAUUUAAAUGGUGCUGUGCAGAAUUACCCACAUAAGCCUGAAAUUCCACAGUCCUGAUUCAUUUGCAUUAAAACACCUCUAGAGAGCUAUUCCCAAACCACCCUCUUCACCCUCAUCUGGUCAUCUGCCUAUCCCCUCAUAGAACUUUUUCCUCAUAACACUAAACAGUGCCUGUCAUUGUAGUAUUUGUUUUCUGUCUCCUUCAUUAGGAGGUAAGCUCCAUGAGAGUAGGGGUGCAGUUUUGUUUACUGUUCUAACUGCAGAGUGGGGAACUGGGCCUUGGUGCUGGCAUUUAUGUCCUAGGGCUGCCGUAGCAAAUCACCACAAACAGAGGCUUAAAACAGCAGCAAUUUAUUUUCUCACAGUUCAGGAGGCCAGAAGUACAAAAUCAAAGUGUCAGCGGGGUUGAUUCUUCUGAACAGACAGAAACCAUUCAUAACUCUUUCCCAGCUUCUAGUUGUAGGUAUCAGUUUCUGGUUUUUCUUGGCUUGUUGACGUCUUUCUUAUCUUGCCUUCAUCUUCACAUGGCUGCCUUCUCUGUAUCUCUGCUUGUCCUUUUCUGUCUUCUAUAAGGACUCUCUCUGCAUCUAGGGCCUGCCAUGACCCAGUAUAAUCUCAUUUUAACUAAUUAUGUCUGCAAAGACCCUAUUUCCAAAUGAGGAUGGUUAUAUUCUUAGGUUCAGGUGGGCAUUAUAUAUUGGUGGUAUACUAUUCAGUGCUCAAUAAAAACUUGAUGAAUGAAUGAAUUCAUAGUAUAAUUCUACAUUGUGAACUCCUUGGACAUUUUUCAUUACUGUCCUAAUAAUUGUGCUAAGAAGGUAGGGGUUAACAGGUCAGUCUGGUUCCGGAUUGCUUGGGCUCCAGUUCUGGUUCUACCACUUCCUAGUUGUGAGAUCUUGGGCAGUUAUUUGACUUCUGUAAGCCUCAGUUUCCUCUUCAGUUAAAUAGUGACAAUAAAUGUUUGCGAUAAUUGUGUAUGUGCAACUAUUUUAAAACACUUUACAUAUUUAAUCCCCACAAGAGUCUAUGCAUUACUCUCACUUUACAACAAAGAAAACUAAGUUUGUUUCAAGAAUUAAAAACAAAAUAGAUAAUGUCACUUUGUGAAAUGCCUGGUCAAUAGUGCUUAGGAAAUUUUUGCUAUAAUAGUAUAGAUAAAUGUGACUUAAUCUCAUAACUUUAAGACAUCACUUACAAAUUCAUUCACAGAUGAGGAGAAAAAGAUAGGUCGUGAACUGACGUGCUUCAGUGUUCUCUCCUGUUGUCCCUGUCACUGAGGGGGCACUAUCCCUGGGGAGGCUAGUAGGGGUGUUUGGAUGUAUUACAGUAUGGGGUCCUGGUGGUAGGGGAAAUCAGCACUAGGUUUGUGAAGGGGCUAAAAAUAAAAUUUCUUUGAAACUUGUUGGCUGGUUAUUACCGUCUUCCCAGUGACUAUUUAGGUGUAUUAGAGUAGGGAUUGUCCCAGGAAUAUAUAGCAAACAGAAUGUCUGCUUUGAACAAACUAUUUCAGUGAGCUGAAAUACAUCACAGCAGAUACAGUAUGUUGUUUUCCCCUUUUAAUCCAAAUGAAUUCCCUCCUACCAGGUACAUUUCUCAUUUGCCUGUGCUUGUUCUUUAAUGUUUUUUUAAAGGCUUUGCAUCUUUAGAUUUUAGCUAAAACUAUCACACUAUAACUCCUCUAAAGCCAGUCCCACAUUAUCUUCAAUUAUUUUCCCAUAGUUUAUAUAUUUGUGUGUUUAAUGUAUUUAUCCUACUAGACUAAAAGUAUAUGAGGGCAAAAACUGUCCUAUUUUGUUAAUUUGGCAGCUGGCAAAUCAUAAGUGAAUAUUACUGAAUUAAUAGCUAAAUAGAUGAGUUAUGGGAUAGCAUAUCUCUUUUAGCUGCUGCUUACCCGUUAACAUCCUUGUAUGCACUUCUUCUUGAGAUAAUCUUUCUUGUUCUCAAAUUGCUUUCAUUUGUAGUAGUAAGCACUACAUAGGUUUGUAAUAUGAAAAGUAGGCAAAAUUUGAUAUGUAAAAUCACCCUUUUCAGCAGUAUAUUCACUAUCUUUAAUUUUUCCAUAUGUUUUAACGUUUGUGUUUUUUCUUUUAAGUCUAUUGUCUAUAUGCUUGAGAUGCUAGGUAAUUUCAAAAGGGUAGAAAUGUUUCUUUUUGAACAUUUCAGUAUUUAAAAAAACUAGCAUUCACUCUGAUGCCAUUGGUAACUAGAACUGGUUGGGUUUUCUUGCUAGAAAGAAGUUGAGAAUGCUGAUUUUAUACCAUCAAUGCAAUCAGCUUUACUUCCCAGAACAUAGUAUAGCAGUGCAAGAGAGAGGGAGGCUUAUCUACACUCUUUAUCUUAAAUCCACUGAUUUAGCUACUUUAAUUUCAUAAUACCAGUAGCACCUCCACUAGAGGGCAGAAAGUGGAAGAGAAAGGAGGUGAAUUAUAAAUUCAUACUUCGCUUCAGAAUGCCUGCAGAAACUUUUGAGGAUUGAAUCCAACCCUUAUUUUGUAAACUUAGUUAACCGUGGCCCAGAAAGACAAUGUGAUUUGUUCAAAGUAGAGCUGGCCUACAAAUCUCCUAGACUCUAUUUUCAGGCUUGUGUCUGUGCUGCGAUAACAUGUGAUGUUGCCGUAUCUUUCUUAGUAAGAAGAACACAGCCCUGAAAUUACACUUCCUCCAGGGAAUCCUGGUUCAGCAGAUGAUAGCUGGGUAACCCUAGGCUGGUUACUUUGACUCCCUAAAUCUUUCUCAUCUUUAAAAUAAACAUUAUGUAGUACCUAUCUCAAAGUGGUUGCAUAUAGAGGGCUUAGUACAAAGCCUGGCCACAUACUAAGCUUAAUUUUUGUGAAUUAGAAUAAAGUCAGAUAUUGAAAGUCUGGUGUUUGCAAAAUUGAUAGGUUCAGUGUUUCAACUAUUUUACCAUACUGUACCUUUUACUAUGUCCUCUCAUUUCAGAAACAUAAUACUGAUUUUUCCCUCAUUUUUUACAAAUGUUUACUUUCUUCUCCCCCAGCAAUAAUAUUCGAGGAACAGGUGCCUGGUACAUACACAGUUUGUUGACUAUGUAUGGCCUCCAGCAGAAUGGAGAUAGAUUUAUUCAAUAACCUCAAGUAAUUUUUGAAAUUUCCAUUAAAAUCUUGCAGAUGUUGGAUGAAAAUCUUUUCAAAGAAAAAUGCAAUGUAGUCUUCCUUUUUCUUUUUGCCGAUGUUUGACAACUGUCUUGGGUUUCCAAUGGUGAGAGUCAUCACCUUGUAAGCACCUGCUUUGCCGUCCUUGUCGCUUGCCUGAGCAAGAGCGGCCGCUAGUAUGUGACAGGCCCAGAGUUGUGGCCUCUUGGUUUCAGCCAGGGGAUGCCCUUGGCAGGAAAUGGCGAAUUAGGCUUAUGGAAGAAGGUUGGGGGUUCCCUCCUCCCUGCAGCUUCAGCACAGUCUCAGGCAGUCUUGCAAAAGCAGUUUCUUCACUAAACUUGUAACACGGCAAGUUUUCAUUUGCCUAAUGCAGCUAAUGCUGGUCCCUGAAACGUUAAAUCUUUUUUGAGACAACACAGUUGGCCUUUAAUUGACAGUGCCUGCAGUUAUUUGGAUUUUUACAUGGCUUCGCUCGUGCCUAAAAGAAAAUGGCCUAGGAUACGAAAAGAUUUUGGAGUGCCGAGAAGUAACUCCUGCUUCCAACCACUCUGUUCCCCACAGCCCAGACUUUCAGGUCUGGUCUUUAUCGUGUGGCCCUUGCGGGUGUACGUUUGACGCGAGGAGCGGGGAGGAGGCCAGCAGUCCGUUUACCUUUCCAUCUUCCCCUGGAAAAUAACUUCUUUGAAUGCAAAGAGGUGGGGUCGCGGAGGAUCUGCCAUCAAAGGUCUUGGAAGCUGAUGAUGAUAACAUGGAAGAUGGUUGCUCGCAGAAGCUGGCAACUGCUAAUAUUCUUCGUUUCUUAUUACUGGUCCUAAUUCCAUGUAUCUGUGCCUUCAUUGUCCUGCUGGUUAUCCUGCUUUCCUUUGUUGGAACAUUAAAGAAAGCCUAUUUUAAAUCAAAUGGGAGUGAACCUUUGGUCACUGAUGGUGAAGUCCAAGUGCCUGAUGUUAAUCUUACAAGUGCAGUUUAUCAUGAGAGCGCUGUGGCCUCUGCUGUACCUCCCAACCAACACAUUCCAGCCUGGACCAUGGAUACUUCUCUUCCAGGGGACCAAAAUCACAGGGAUGCAGGGGCCUGUGUAAACAUCACCCACAGCCAGUGUCAGAUGCUGCCCUACCACACCUCCCUCACACCUCUCUCCUCACUUGUCGAAAACAUGGAAAUCGAGAAGUUCCUCAAGUUCUUCAUGUACCUGCAUCACCUCAGUUGCUAUCAACAUAUCAUGCUUUUCGGCUGCAGCCUGGCCUUCCCCGAAUGCACCAGUGAUGGCGAUGCCAGUUAUGGACUCCUGCCCUGUAAGUCCUUCUGUGAGGCUGCAAAAGAGGGCUGUGAAUCCAUCCUGGGGAUGGUGAACGCCUCCUGGCCCCAUUUCCUCAAAUGCUCUCAGUUUAGAAACCAAACCAAAAGCAGAGAUGCCGGCAGGAUUUGCUUCUCACCACAACAGGAAAAAGGAAAGCAAUUGUUCUGUGGAGGGGGCGAGAACUUUCUUUGUGCCAGUGGAAUCUGCAUCCCCAGGAAACUGCAGUGUAACGGCUAUAAUGACUGCGACGACUGGAGCGAUGAGGCUCAUUGCAAUUGCAGCGAGGACCUGUUCCGCUGCCACACGGGCAGGUGCCUUCACAACAGCCUUGUAUGUGAUGGGUACGACGACUGCGGGGACCUGAGUGAUGAGCGGGACUGUGAUUGCGAUCCCGCAAAGGAGCACCGCUGCGGCGACGGGCGCUGCAUUGCCAAGGAGUGGGUGUGUGACGGCGACCACGACUGUGGCGACAGGUCCGACGAGGUCAAUUGCUCCUGUCACAGCCAGGGCCUGGUGGAAUGCAGAAGCGGACAGUGUAUCCCCAGCGUGUUCCAGUGUGAUGGUGACGUGGACUGUAAGGACGGGAGUGACGAGGAGCAUUGCAGUGACAGUCAGACUCCAUGUCAAGAAAACGACCCAAGGUGCCUCUCCAGUUCCUGCCUUGAUUCAUGUGGUGGCAGCUCUCUUUGUGACCUGAACAACAGCCUGAAUAACUGUAGUCAGUGUGAACCAAUUACGUUGGAACUCUGCAUGAAUUUGCCCUACAACUAUACAAAUUAUCCAAAUUACCUGGGCCACAGGACUCAAAAGGAAGCAUCCAUCAGCUGGGAGUCCUCUCUUUUCCCUGCACUUGUUCAAACCAACUGUUACAAAUACCUCAUGUUCUUUGCCUGCACCAUUUUGGUACCAAAGUGUGAUGCGAAUACAAGCCAGCGUAUCCCCCCUUGCAGAGCACUGUGUGAGCACUCCAAAGAACGCUGUGAGUCUGUUCUUGGGAUUGUGGGCUUACAGUGGCCUGAAGACACAGAUUGCAAUCAAUUUCCAGAGGAAAAUUCAGGCAACCAGACCUGCUUAAUGCCUGAUGAAGAUGUGGAAGAAUGCUCACCUAGUCAUUUCAAGUGUGGCUCUGGACGGUGCGUUCUGGCUUCCAGAAGGUGCGAUGGCCAGGCCGACUGUGAUGAUGACAGUGAUGAAGAAAACUGUGGCUGUGAAGAGAGAGAUCUCUGGGAAUGUCCUUCCAGUAAGCAAUGUUUGAAGCACACACUCAUCUGUGAUGGAUUCCCAGACUGCUCUGAUAACAUGGAUGAAGAAAACUGCUCACUUUGCCAAGCCAAUGAACUAGAAUGUGCAAACCAUGAGUGUGUGUCACGUGACCGGUGGUGUGAUGGUAAAGCUGACUGCCUAGACAGUUCAGAUGAAUGGGACUGUGUGAUCCUCUCUAAAAAUGGGAACUCAUCUUCCUUCCUGACUGCUCACAGAUCUGCCAUAGAAUACCUCGUGUGUGCGGAUGGCUGGCAGGAGGCAUUGAGUCAGCUGGCCUGCAAACAGAUGGGUUUAGGAGAACCAUCUGUGACCAAAUUGAUACAGGAACAGGAGCAAGACCAGCAGUGGCUGACUUUACACUCCAACUGGAAGAGCCUCAAUGGGACCACUUUGCAUGAACUUCUGGUAAAAGGGCAGUCUUGUCACAGCAGAAGUAAGAUUUUUCUUCUGUGUACUAAACAAGACUGUGGGCACCGCCCUGCUGUGCGAAUGAACAAAAGGAUCCUCGGGGGUCGGACGAGUCGCCCUGGAAGGUGGCCCUGGCAAUGUUCCCUGCAGAGUGAACCCAGUGGACACAUUUGUGGCUGUGUCCUCAUUGCCAAGAAGUGGGUUCUGACAGUCGCCCAUUGCUUUGAGGGGCGAGAGAAUGCUGCCGUUUGGAGGGUGGUGUUUGGCAUCAACAAUCUAGACCAUCCAUCGACUUUCAUGCAGACGCGCCUGGUGAAGACCAUCAUCCUGCACCCUCGCUACAGCCGAGCUGUCGUGGACUACGACAUCAGCAUAGUGGAGCUAAGCGAAGACGUCAAUGAAACGAGCUACGUCCGGCCAGUCUGCUUACCCAGCCCGGAGCAGUCGCUAGAACCUGAUACAUACUGCUUUAUCACAGGCUGGGGCCACAUGGGCAACAAAAUGCCUUUUAAGCUGCAAGAGGGAGAAGUCCGCAUCAUUUCUCUGGAGCAGUGUCAGUCCUACUUCGACAUGAAGACCAUCACCACUCGGAUGAUAUGUGCCGGAUAUGAGUCUGGCACAGUCGACUCAUGCAUGGGUGACAGUGGUGGGCCUCUUGUUUGUGAGCGGCCUGGAGGACAGUGGACAUUAUUUGGUUUAACUUCGUGGGGCUCCGUCUGCUUUUCCAAAGUCCUGGGACCUGGAGUUUAUAGCAACGUGUCAUACUUCGUUGAGUGGAUUGAAAGACAAAUAUAUAUCCACACAUUUCUCCUGAACUAAUUCCACAGGUGAUCAGAGAUGUUUGCCAGCCACGCUCAGAGAAAAUGGCUUUCUUGACUGUGGAGAGCUUUCCUGCAGAGAACUGUGCAGAAGCACUUUUCAUGGGCAGGGUACUCAACAGUGCUGCAAAUUUUUGUAUUAGUUUUGGUUAAAUUUUAUUCAGUUUUUUUUUUUUAUGUUUUCCUCUUAGUUCAAGUUCAAUGAAAGGCUUUAAAAAAACAAAAACAAAGCCAAGCAGAUUUUGUUCUUUUACCAAGUUGAACCUUGACUGCAGCAGGAAAUUACCAACUCCGGAGAGAAUUGGAAUAAUGAAGCCACUAGAGUAAUGGGUUACAGAAAAUUCCCUUUAAUGACAAAAGGGCCAUCGAGAUCCAGGCUGACUAAUCUUGGACAGCUUCUGUUUCUCAAGCACAGGAGCAGAGUGGCAAAUUUCAAUAUUAACUUUGGAGACUUGCCUUUGAUUUAUUAAAAGCCAAGAUAAUUUA